CACGUUCACACGACUGCCUGUCAGGCAACACGCUAAGUUAGCAGUGUUACUUUGAAGCCUCGUAAUUACAUUCAUGCACGCAGCGACAUAGUGCACACGUUUUUAAAACUAAUUAAAAACUAAACCUUAGAUUUGCUUUAUUCAGCAAAAUUUUCUUUAAAAAAAAAGAAGAAAGAAAAAGCCGCUUAAAGCUGUUCUGGGGGGCGGAGUGUCUGCAAAGUGUUGCGCCGAUUGGGGCGCUCCAUCGGGGGACGAGAGAUGGCGUGCUUGUUGGAGGCCCCUCUCCGCAUCAGUGUGCUGUCCGAAGUCACUGCCACGAGUCGCCAUUAUGUGGACCGCCUGUUCGACCCCGACCCACAGAAUGUUCUGCAGGGAGUCAUCGAUAUGAAGAACGCCGUAAUUGGCAACAAUAAGCAGAAAGCCAAUCUGAUCGUCCUGGGAGCUGUGCCGAGGUUACUGUAUCUGCUUCAGCAGAGCUGUUCAAGCCUGGAGCUGAGGACAGAGUGUGCAGUGGUCCUGGGCAGUCUGGCCAUGGGCACAGAGAACAACAUCAAGUCCCUGGUGGACUGCCACAUCAUCCCUGCCCUUCUUCAAGGCCUGCUAUGUCCAGACCUGAUUUUCAUUGAGGCUUGUCUUCGAUGUCUCAGAACGGUCUUCAUCAGUCCAGUCACUCCUGUGCAGCUGCUCUACACUGAUCCCACUGUGGUCCCCCAUUUAAUGUCCCUACUAAGCCGCUCACACAGGACGCAGGAGUACACCACGCAGAUCUUCUCCCACUGUUGUAAGACGCCGGAGCACCAGACUGUUCUGUUCAACCACGGCGCCAUUCAGAACAUCGCCCCAUUGCUAAUAUCGCCCUCUUACAAGGUACGGAUGCAGGCGUUAAAAUGCUUCUCAGUGCUGGCUUACGAGAACUCUGCGGUCUCCAUGACGCUAGUGAAAGUACUGGUAGAAGGAGAGCUGCUCUCUCAGGUAUUUGUCAGAAUGAUGCAAAGGGAUCAGCCCAUUGAAAUGCAGCUAACGGCAGCCAAGUGUCUCACGUACAUGUGUCGAGCAGGCGCCAUUAGGACAGACGAGAGCUGCAUUGUGCUGAAGACGUUACCGUGUCUGGUGCGCAUGUGCAGCAAGGAGCACCUGUUGGAGGAGCGCGUGGAGGGAGCAGAGACGCUGGCCUUCCUCAUGGAGCCAGACGUGGAGCUGCAGAGGAUUGCCAGCACCACCGACCACCUUGUGGCCAUGUUGGCCGACUACUUCAAAUACCCCAGCUCGGUGUCGGCCAUCGCUGACAUCAAGAGGUUGGACCAUGACCUGAAGCACGCACAUGAGUUGAGACAAGCCGCUUUCAAACUUUAUGCCUCGUUAGGCUCCAAUGACGAGGACAUCCGCAAGAAGAUCACAGAGACGGAGAACAUGAUGGACAGGAUAGUCAGCGGCUUGUCCGAGUCGAGCAUUAAAGUUCGCCUGGCUGCUGUCAGAUGUCUACAUAGUCUUUCGAGGUCUGUGCAGCAGCUGAGGACCAGCUUCCACGACCACGCCGUGUGGAAGCCUCUCAUGAAGCUGUUGCAGAACGCGCCCGAUGAAGUUCUAGUCAUGGCGUCGUCCACUCUAUGCAACCUCCUGCUGGAGUUCUCGCCCAGCAAAGAGCCCAUCCUAGAAUCAGGGGUGAUAGAACUACUAUGCAGUCUGACCCAAAGCGAAAGUCCUGCACUAAGAGUCAACGGGAUCUGGGCCCUUAUGAAUAUGGCGUUCCAGGCUGACCAAAAGGUAAAGGUAGAGAUUGUUCAGUGUUUGGGAACAGAGCAGCUCUUUCGCUUACUGUCUGACCCUGACGCCAACGUGCUGAUGAAGACGCUGGGGUUGCUCCGGAACCUUCUGUCCACGCGGCCUCACAUUGAUCAGAUCAUGAGCUCUCACGGCAAGCAGAUCAUGCAGGCGGUCACGCUAAUCCUGGAGGCGGAGCACAGCGUUGAGGUCAAAGAGCAGACGCUGUGCAUCCUGGCUAACAUUGCCGACGGCAACACUGCCAAGGAGCUCAUCAUGACUAACGACGACACGCUGCAGAAAAUCAAAUACUACAUGGGUCACUCCAAUGUGAAGCUGCAGCUGGCCGCCACCUUCUGCAUCUCCAACCUCAUCUGGAACGAGGAGGACGGUUCUCAGGAGCGGCAGGACAAGCUGCGGGAGUUGGGCUUUGUGGACAUAUUGCACAAACUCUCACAAGUGUCGGACGCCAACCUUAGCGACAGGGCCAAGACGGCGAUGCAGCAGUACCUGGCGUGACCACAGGGAGGAGCUGACCACCCGCACUCACUGGAGGAACUUGUGCCGCUUUUGUUUGGCUUUUUUUUUGUUGCACAAAGACACCUUUUUUUUUGGUUUUAAGACACAGGCCUCCCUUGUGGUCAUGAACGGUUUUGGAGACUUUCGCCGUCUUUUCUUUCCCAACAAUGAAGUGAAGGUUGGGGCUUUUUGAUGUGACUUUUUUGAGGAAGGUGGACUACCUUUGCCUUUUGUUAUUUUUAAAUUUUUGUGAUUCAGGAUGGGACUCGUUCAGAAGAUAAACACAGAGACUGCUUAUUUUGAAAUGUGGUAGUUUUCAUUCUUGAGCAGACAUACCUCGUAAAUAUAUAAAUAUAUAUAAAUAUAUAAAUAUCUAUUUUUGGAAUGUUAUUUCCCGCCCUCCCCUUGUGUUAUUUCACCUCUGCACACUCGUGUUUAGAAGAGAAUAUUAUGAUUGUCUUCAGCGUGCCUAAUAAAGUGGCACAUAGGAGCGUGUUUCCUCACCUUUUUUUGGUUUUCUUUGGUAUGUGUUUUAAAUUAAGAUUCAGGUUUGUUUUCCUGCUUGUUUUCAAGAAGUGUAAAGAUUCAUGAGCUUUGACUAGCUCUCCCUUGUGGACACUAAAGUGCAGCACAGUAAAAGCCUAGUGUCAUUCCUUUUAUCAUAUUUUGAGUAAAUUUCCCUGGGAGUGUUCCACUCAAGCUCUGAUGGGAUGAAUGUCAGCACUGGAAAUAUAUGCAGUCUCCAACAAAAACGCUACUAUGUUCUUUAUUUCCCUAUUCAAUUAAACGUUAUACCUAAAUCUCCGGAAGUAUUUGGACAAUGACAAAUGCUUUCCACACCACCAAAAUCGAUGUGAAUUUAAUUUAACAGGUGUAUUUUAUCUGUACAAAUUUCGCCUUUAUGUUUAACUUAGGCUGACCAUAUUGUGAAAUCCCAAAAAGAGGACACAUGCGUGGCAAGGCGGUCAGCACGCCAAGUGACUAGGUGAAAAUUUGCCAAUGAUACUUGAACUUGCCUUUAUAAAUACUAUAUUUAUUUAAAUAAAGCAUUUUUUCUCCUCUGUUGACAGCAGUGUUGGUGCUAGGAAUUUUCAAAAUGGGGUCCCAGGGACCCCAUCAAGUCAUAAAAAUGGGGUCCCACAGUACAUUUUUGGGGUCCGGUCCCACUUUUUUGUAAGCGUUUUGAAAACAAAUGACAAAUGUAUGCAUUAUCCUGUUACAUCUCACAUUCUAUAUUGUGUUUUGGAAAAAGGUUGUCAUAAACGUUACUUAAUUCAUUAAAAAUAAUAAUAAAAUGUGUGUACAUAUGUAAA